ACUCACACAUACACACCUUUGGUUUCCUGUUGUGAGCCGUCUUAGCAGUGGACAGCAUGCAGGAGUCUCCGGGUGCCAUGGGGGUAGAUGGCAGCUAUGCCAGCAAUGUUCCAGCCUUUCUCACCAAGCUGUGGACCCUGGUGGAGGAUCCAGAUACCAACCACCUCAUCUGCUGGAGUGCUACUGGGACAAGUUUCCAUGUGUUUGACCAGGGACGCUUUGCCAAGGAAGUUUUGCCAAAGUACUUCAAACACAAUAAUAUGGCGAGCUUUGUUCGACAGCUCAACAUGUAUGGUUUCCGUAAAGUGGUGAACAUUGAGCAGAGCGGUCUGGUGAAGCCUGAGAGAGACGACACAGAGUUCCAACAUUUAUACUUCCUUCAGGGACAUGAACACAUGCUUGAGCACAUCAAGAGGAAGGUAUCUAUAGUGAAAAGUGAGGAGACCAAAGUUCGUCAGGAGGACCUCAGUAAACUGCUGUAUGAAGUCCAGCUUCUCAGAACACAACAGGACAACAUGGAAUGUCAGAUGCAGGACAUGAAACAGCAGAAUGAAGUGCUGUGGAGAGAGGUGGUCUCACUGAGACAGAAUCACACACAGCAACAGAAAGUCAUGAACAAGCUGAUUCAGUUUCUGUUCAGCCAGAUGCAGUCCAACACACCCAGCACUGUGGGCCUAAAGAGAAAGCUGCCUCUGAUGUUGGACGACGGCUCUCCCAGCCCUCCCGCCUCCAAGUUCAGCCAUAGUCACCCAAUGGAGUCCAUGCACGAACCUUUCUACAUCCAGUCGCCAUCCAGUGAUACUGCUUCUUGCUCUACUAGUGGGCUGACAGGAGGACCAAUUAUCUCAGAUGUUACUGACAUGUCUCAGGCCAGUAUGGCCCUUCAGAUGCAGCCUGAUGAGACCAGGGAGAAGUGCAUGAUGCUUAUCAAAGAGGAGCCUGUGAGUCCAGGAGUUAGAGGAGGAGGGAAAGGAGGCAGUGUAGGGGGAGGAGAGGCUGUAGCGUUGACCUCCUCCUGUGAGGUGUGCUCCUCAGAACCUCCUGUCCUUCCCGUCGCAAUGGUCCAGUCUGUCCUGGAGGGGAGGGGCUCUGUGGCUUCUAUGGUGGAGCGGAGGAGUAAGAGACCUGCCCUGGACCGAGUGGAGGUUUCAGAUGCAGUGGAGAAUGUGGAUAUGAGCCUGGAGGAGCUGCAGCAGCUGCUGCUCAGGAGCCAUCAGCAGAGUACUGUGGAAGCUGGGACCAGUGCUGUUAUGGAUCCCUUCAGUUUAAGCCUGCCUCUGACUGAGUGGAACUUCACAGAGAUGGAGUCCAACCUCAAAUCAUACAUGUUCCAGAACCAGGAAGCAGAAGCUUUUCCAGCUACUGGAUGUGAGGAACAGUGAUCGAUCUGUGCUGUGGACUGUCCUUUCUGAAGUGGAAGGCCACAGAAGCUGCUGUUCCCCUCAUUAUUCCACUCUGCAUGGGUUCGAUCCCACAGCCCUGCCAGGCUGUUUCUUACGCGUGGCUUUAUUUUCUUUCUUUCGUUCCAUUCACAUACCUACAAAGUGCGGCAAUGAAGAAGUCUGCAUGCUUAUAUUUCCUGGCCAGUUGACUGCCAUUGGGCCUAUCAGCCACCAGCUCUGUGGGCAUGAGGAAAUAUAUAUAUAUAUGUAUAUAUAUAUAUAUAUAUAUAUAUACAUAUAGAUAGAUAGAUAGAUAGAUAGAUAAA